CGAGUUCUGAGUCUCAGUCUCUCCGCUCUCCGCGCCUGAUCUUCCCUCCACCGACCCCUGAGCCCUCUGACCCCUCAGACUUACCACUCGUGUCUCUGUCAGACCCUGAAUCCGGAACAUGUCCGAACUGGGAUCCGAGGAAUUCGAGGAGGAAGCGGAACCCGAUCUUGGGGAGUACGAGGGGGAGCGCAAUGAGGCGGGCGAGAGGAACGGGCACGGGAGGGCAAGACUGCCCAAUGGAGAUACUUACGAGGGACAGUAUGAGGGGGGGAAGAGACACGGCCAGGGAACAUAUCGAUUUAAGAACGGGGCCCGAUACAUCGGAGAUUAUCAUCAGAACAAAAAGUACGGGAUGGGCACGUUUAUGUACCCCGAUGGCUCGAAAUAUGAAGGUGACUGGGUAGAUGAUCAGCGACAGGGUCAGGGAGUUUACUAUUAUCCCAAUGGAGACACCUACAGUGGGGACUGGCUGUCUCACCAGAGACACGGACAGGGAGUUUACACACACGCUGAGACCGGAUCCAAGUACAUUGGCACCUGGGUGAAUGGAAAACAAGAGGGAUCCGGGGAACUCGUUCAUCUCAAUCAUCGUUACCAAGGAAAAUUUGUUGGCAAAACGCUCCUCGGCCCCGGCAAAUACAUAUUUGACAUUGGAUGUGAGCAGCACGGGACCUAUGAACAGACAGAGCAGGAGAAAGAUGAAGAUGAAGAAGAGGAGCCCCUGGCAGUGCCAGUAACUAAGUGGAACCCUGACAAUAUCACUGGCCUGACCCACUUGUCACCAACUGCUGAGGCCACACCCCCUGCCCCAGUGGUUGGAGAUCCCAGUGAGGCUGAAGCAGCAAGUUCCGAGGAUUUACCCACAGAAGGUGGCGCUCUGCUCACAGACCAGGAGGCGGAGCUUCCAUUACCGUUAGUGAGUGAAACGGAGGCAGUGGGCGUGGCCUCGGAAUCCCUAGAAGAAAAAGCUGAAGUCACCUCUAGGAUCUCUGAAAGUGAGGAGACAUUUGCUGAAGAAUGACUCUCAUCCAAGGACCUGAAAACGACACAAGGACUGAGUGUCAGGUACUGAGAUUUCUAUCGUUGCCCUGUCUUUUCCUCAUAGAGACUGUUCCAGACAGUCAGACCUUCCUGCACAUCAGUUCCAGCCUCUCCAUCAUCACUGGGCUCAGUUCUUGCAAGUUCAUUAAUAAAGAACACUUUGGUUUUGUUA